UCGUGACAUUGUGCAGAAGAAAACUGCACGUGUAAUACUCCUUGUAGUGCUUAAUUUUUUACGACAAAAAUCGCACGACACUAUUAACAACACUCAUAACGGAAGAAACAUGAAAAUUUAAAUUUCAUGAUUUGUGUGAAGAUUUAUACUACUUUUUCCGUGAAAAAUAUCAUGAAUUGUCACCCAUCAAUUCACAAAUGGUUCAUUCCGAAGAUGAGUGGUACGAUAGUGGCUGCAUAAUUACCGAAUAAAAGUAAACUUGAGAAUAAUCACUGAGGUAAAAAAAAUGAUUAUUUAAGCGACGACUACGAUUAUAGUUAUCGUCAGUGCUCAUCAUGAAAGGAAAGUGGAAUGACGUUAUGUCGUUUAUUUUUUUCGUACUAUUCCUACUGCAUGAUGAGACUUUCGCGGCCCAGGGGAGUUAUCGUGUUUAUUCGCGGAGUCAAGGAAAAUAUACAGUAGUGAAUUACACCGUCGCCGAUACCGCGACAAACGAUUCAUUCAAACUGAAGGGAUCCGCGGCAUAUGAUGUAGAAAGUCGGUUCAAUGAUUAUGAUGAUUUAACGAGAGCAUCAACGCCGGAGGAAUGUGCGCGCGAAUGUGGGAACAAUAAAGACCCAAAAAUAUGUUACUAUGAAUGGACUGUGGAAUACUACAGCACAAUGGGCAAAGCAUGUGAAUUAUGCCAGCCAACAACCAACACCUCCUUGUCCAGUGAUUGUCAGUGCAUCCUGGCAGACGGCGUCGAGUUGUCAGGAAUCAUGGUUGUCAACAGAAUGUACCCAGGCCCCUCGAUUCAGGUCUGCCUGGGUGAUCUGGUGGUUGUGGACGUGGCGAAUCACGCCUUCGGCAGUGGUCUCACCAUCCACUUCCACGGAAUCUACCAAAACGGCUAUCAGUAUUAUGACGGAGUUCCCUUUGUAACCCAGUGCCCCAUAUCGUACCGAUCCACGUUCAGGUACAAGUGGCGGGCCCAGAACGCCGGAACGCACUUUUAUCAUGCCCACACGGGCCUCCACAAGCCUGCGGGCAUUCAGGGGGCCAUCGUCGUUCGCCGGCCGCGGGAGACUGAUCCCAUUGCAAAAUAUUACGAUGAAGAUGGCAUCGAUAAUGUCAUCUUCGUCAAUGAUUGGUUCCACUCCACUCCAGACAACCAUUGGCCCGGUAAUCGCUUCCGAAAUGUGGGACAGGUUGCGGAUAAUUUUCUUAUCAAUGGCAGGGGACAGUGGUUUAAUUCUACUAGUAAUACAUCAACUGACACACCGCUCGCCGUUAUCAACGUCGAGCCGAAUCGUCGCUACCGGUUUCGAAUGGUAAACAGCCUAAGUUGGACUUGUUCGGUUCAAAUGACUAUUCAAGAUCACAAUAUGACAUUGGUUGCCACCGAUGGCGAACCGGUGAUUCCCAAGAACGUCACCACUAUCACGUCUUUUUCAGCCGAACGCUACGACUUUGUCCUCACCACGACUCAGGAACCGCGAUCUUACUGGAUUCAAGUCAGAGGUCGGGGUGCCUGUGAAGACCGAAAAGUCGUCCAGUACGCGAUCCUCCGUUACUCUGGCUCACAGCUGAGGGAACCUGAAGGGGAACGACUGACGUACGAUCGGCCUUUGCCAUUAGGAGUGGUUUUUAAUGCCGUCAAUCAAGUGUGUGAGAACUCAACGGAGAAUAUGGUCUGCGUGAAGAACCUGCAGAACGCAGAGCCAGUGAAUGAAAGGAUUCUGCAAAAGGAGGCUGAUAUAACUUUCUACAUUCCCUUCACAAUACAGCAGUACAGGACUGAAGACCUGUUCGAACCAAAUACUUAUCAAAAUUAUGAAAUGCCGAUCGGAGAUCUCGGCGCUUUUGUUGCCAUGCUCCAGAAUUUCUCCAAUGAAUUCCCAGCCUCUCCCUAUCUAACUCAAAUGCGUGACGUACCGCCGGAGAGGAUCUGCAGGGGCGACCAACUACCCACCGUUUGUGAGAGAGACAAACCGUGUUUCUGCUCUCAUAUUAUCGAUAUUCCAUUGAAUAGUGUUGUAGAAAUCGUUAUGAUUGACGAAGGAGUAACGCUAACGCAUCCAUUUCAUCUUCAUGGUUACGGGUUCUUCGUAAUGGGCCAGGGAAGUUUCGAGACACUGGGGCUCGCCGGGGCGGAUAAAAAAAAAGCCAUUGAACUGGACAGGGCAGGGCUGUUGAAACGCGAUUUCGAUCGACCACCUGUGAAGGAUACUCUAGCCACCGCCGCUGGAGGAUACACCAUCGUCAGAUUCUUCGCGGAUAAUCCGGGAUACUGGCUGUAUCAUUGCCAUUUCCAGUCGCACCAAUUGGUUGGCAUGGAACUGACCUUUCACGUUGGCGAAGAUUGGGAUCUGCCCCCAAUACCGGACGGAUUUCCAGUUUGUGGAAAUUUCGCACCAGAAGUUUGGAACGAUGAUUGAAGAUAACAGUCCUGUACUCUACUUCGUAAUUUAAUCAGUACAACUGCCAGUAAUUUAUCUCAAUAGAUGUGUCACAAUUAAAAUAUCUGGUUACUUAAUAAACUUUUUGUUCAUUGGUUUUUACGGAA